GGGAGACGCACAAACCCAAGGCCCACCGACGCUCCGCCUGCCAGCACCCCUCCACCCCUGGGCUUCGCGGAACGGGAGAGGGAGAGAGACAUCCAGCCGACUGGCGAUCCGCCGACUCCGACUCAAGAUCGUCCCCCUCAGCGCUCCAAGCCCGACUCAGCUCCAUCUAUACACCCUCGCCUCGCCUCCUGGUCCCUCCCACUGUCGGCCCUGCUUCUGAUUGCUGUGCCAAAAUGUCUGCGCCCACGAUGCCGGCCGCCGCUGCUUCCGCGCCAGGCCUGGCACCGGCAGCUCCCCUGGCGCCUCCCUUCUCCUGUCUGCGCGAGACGACCUCUCCCCUGGAGGGACACUCGGCCCUGUCGAUCGCGAUCGCCCCUGGCGCGAUGGACCUGUCGCGCGAUGCGCCGGCGCUCCUGUGUGUGGCCGGCGGCGAGCACUACGGCAUCAGUGGCGGCGGGUCGCUCACCGUUUUUGGCGUGUCCGACCAGGGGCGCCUGGCCCCCAUGCGCCGCUAUGCCACGCCCUUUCCCCUUUUUGACUGCUCCUGGUCGCCGCUCCAGUCCGGAUCGCUCAUCUCGGCCUCCGGUGGCCAUGGAACCACUCUUCUAUUCAGCACUCACGAGUCGGAUGACCGGCCAACUCUCAUCUUCGCCGAGCCGCACGACGGCGAUGCCCUGUCGACGCGCUGGAAUACGCUGAAUGCCGAGCUCCUCAUCACGUCCGGGAGCGACGGCUUUGUCAAGAUGCGAAAUGUCUUCCGGCCUGAGGCCGGUGCGGUGGGCCGGUUCGCCGCGUCGCAAGCACUCGCGACCAUGGCUGCCCCUCCGGGCCGGGCCCUCCCCCCAGUCUACUCGGCACUUUGGUCGCCAGCCUCGCCAUUCAUCUUCGCCGGGACCAUCGGCACAGGCAUCGCACUGUGGGACACUCGCGUGCAUGGGCGCUCCGCCAGCCCCGGCGGGGCGGAUGUCCAGAAUGAAGUCCUCUUCGCCGCGACCCAUGCAUCGGGCGAGUGCUUGGACUUGGCCUGGGCCCCCCCGGCCAAAGGACUGCCGACAGUCUGCUGCACCGCCGGCACCGAUGCCACGCUCUCCAUCAUGGAUUGGAAGUAUGUCAGCGCCGGAAAUGGCCCCGGCGUGGUGACUCGGCUUUUUGGCCACUCGCGGGCCAUCAAACGCGUGGUCUGGUGGGGGCCCACGGCCCCAGGAGCAACCGAUCUCAUCGGCAGUGCGAGCUACGAUGCGACGGUCACCAUUUGGGACGCCGACCGGCAGAUUGCCAUUGACCGGUAUUCAGCCGGAAGGGAACCCUUGGCGGCCAUUGACUUCGGCCCGCCUGGGGCCUUGGGCCGGCUGAAGGUCGCUGGCGGCCCGCUGUGCCCCGAGGUGACCGUCGUGUCCGGCGGCUUCGAUGGGGUGGUCACCAUGCGGGAGCUUGGCCGCUAGCAAUAUGCAGAAAGUGGUCCCCCCCCCCCUCCCUUUACCCUCUUCUCCGGCGUGAGAAGAGAGCAAAGAAGCUGCUCCCUUUCCCCCGGAAAAGAAGCCCCCAUUUUCCCCGUAUCGCGGGCACAGUGCGCCGCGCACGGGGGAAAAUACACCAAUACAGCGGGAGCCCCUGGCGUUGCACUGCUUCUCCGGCAAGAGGCCCGAUCGGGGGAGGAUGGCCACAGCUCCCACACCAGACCCGAUGCCCG